GUUUCCUGUGUGUGUGUCAGUGUGUGUGUGUGUGUGUGUGUGUGUGUGCGGUUCUGUGAGUUAUAGGCUGCUACUGGCACUGUAGGUCGCUCAGCAUCAACACAGGGAGUCUUAUCACUUUCUGCACUUUCUGAGCGCUGCCAAUCAGGUGGAAGGGAGGGGUCAAAAACGUCGUUUUUAGAACAACAAGACAUUUCACGCUGCUCGUCUGUGCAUCCGGAGAGAGGACGGCUGAAGAGAAGCGGCACGCCAUCCGAUCGUGCGAUCAGAGAGCAAAUAAUUCAGGAGGCAGAAUGCUAAUCUUAUGGAUGCUGUUCCUCCAGUUGGUCUUGGCUCGCUCCACCACAGGACAGAAGAUUUUCGCUCAGGUUGGAGGAUCUGCAACCCUUCCCAAAGGGCAAUUUGCAGAAACGGAGAACGUAUAUGUGAGGUGGUACUUCUCCGUUACAGGGGCAAAUAACUUUACUUUACUGAUUUGGAGGAAACAUAAGGACCCCCCAAAGCCAGAAAACAAAGACUGGCAGAGUCGAGUGUCUCUUUCAGAAGACUCCUCUCUUAUCAUCUCACACAUCCUGGAAAGUGACUUUAAUGGAGUCUUCAAAUGUGAGCAGGACAACUUCAGAAACUCAGCUGAGGCGCGGUACUCACUGACCCGUGUGCAAAUGCCUAUGAAUCUUCUUCUCCUGGAAGGUGAGGAGCUCUCUUUGGAUUGUAAGAUGGAGACGCCUGUAAAAUGGACAGCACCCAACGGCACCUCGUAUAUCAAUAGACUGUCUGGAAACAAGAACAUCCUGAAAGUGCCGAACACCUUAAUCCAAGACAGCGGAGUCUGGGCGUGUGAAGCGAGUGCAGGCCUUAGAAAAUUCAGAGCCGCGACUGCUGUGACCAUCCUCGGUCUCUCCCCCCCUCCAUCAGACACCGUCUACACCUCCCUCUCUUCUUCCAUCACUCUCCCCUGUUCCCUCUCCACUGAUGUUCCUUGGUCUCAGUUACGAGAGAAAGGUCUGCAGGGCGGCAGCUGGAGCUUCUCCCCGCCGAACCAGUCCCUCCAGCAGGGUCACCAGCUCCUCACACUGGGGCCCAACCAAACCCAAGCCUGGAGAGCACAGAGCACCACCAGCUGCCUCACUGAGCGUGAGUUCAAGAACCGCGACCUGUCUGCUCAGACCCAGAAAGUGUCCACAGACUGCAGGGGGACGUACCAGUGCAGCCUGGAGUUCAGGAACAAGAGACCAAUGAGAAGAACGGUGAAGCUGGAGGUGCUGGAAGCCCUCUCCUCUGCUCCUGCGGGGGCACCGUUGCUGGAGGGUGAUAAAGUGAGCCUGAACUGCAGUCUAGGGGUCCCGCUGCCCUCUGACCUGGGGGUGAAAUGGACGCCCCCGAAGUCUUCAGCUUUCUCUCUGCCUAAAGCUCAUGGGGUCCACCUGUUCCUCCCUGCGGUCAGUGUAAAGGACAGCGGGGUGUGGAGGUGUGAACUGAUGAAAAAUUCAGUGGUUCUGACGUCGGCUUCAGUCGCUCUGAAAAUAGAGAAACUAGUGAAGACCUGGGUGAUCGUGACCAUUUGCAGUGCUUCCAUCUUCAUCCUCCUUCUUAUCAUCACUCUUAUCAUCAUUCAUAGGCGCAGACAGGUUGUUAUUACCAGGCGAAAGACCAGAUUCUGCUGCUGCAAGAAUCCUCAGCCCAAAGGUUUCUACAAAUCCUGAGGACAGAUCCUUCCCAUCAUGACCAGCAGGGCUCCAGUCAGACUGGAGUCUGAAGGAUGCUGGUCUCCUGUCUGAGCAGAAGCUGUGCUGAGCUGAGCUUAUUGGACUGAUAAUAAGUGUUUCUCCUGCUGUUGUGUAAAUAUGAACUCCCAAUUCUGCUGGAAAACAUGGUUCUAUAGUAUGUUAAAUAUUUGAAAGAUAAUAAAGGUGAUAAUGUUGAUUCAACCUUUAUAUGACAUGGAUUCAACUGUGGAUAAACAUUGAAAUGUUAGCUGGGCUGAAUGCAAUCAAAUCCUUCACAGCAACUAAGCGACAUCAAGUUUAAAGCCUUUCCGGAAGAGUAGAGGCUUCUGUUUGUAAAUAUAUUUUGAUUUGAGAAGCUAUGCCUUGUCUGCUUGUCUGUUAACUGUUUAAAUGUAUCAUUAAAUAAAUAUGUACAACAGAAUAUAUAAUACAUUAAAUAAUCUUAGUGCAUCUUAACAAAUAAGAAGAAUAUCAUUGAAAAGGUACUUUAUUUCAGUAAUUCAGUUGAAAAUGAGAAACUCAUAUAUUAUAUAGAUGUAUUAAACACAGAGUGAUCUAUCUUAAGCUUUCUUUUCCUUUAUUGUUGUUAUAAUAAUUAUGAAUUACAGUCAAUAAAAACCCUAAAAUCCA